GGAGAAAGUCCACGUCUGCUUACCAUUUGCCGCACUUUCACACCAGAAAAUCUUAUAUAGAAAAAAAGUUUCUUCCUCCAACCUUUGCCCACCUCCAUUGUUUCUCUCUUUUCAAAUUUUUUUCUCACCACAAAUCAAUUGGUUGUAAUACAGAGAAUUAAUAAAGUGAUGGGGAAUAGAGUGGAUCACGAAUACGAUUACUUGUUUAAGAUCGUGUUGAUUGGUGAUUCUGGUGUUGGGAAAUCAAACAUUUUGUCCAGGUUUACGCGAAAUGAGUUCUGUUUGGAGUCAAAAUCUACUAUUGGAGUUGAGUUCGCUACUAGAACUCUUCAGGUUGAGGGAAAGACAGUCAAGGCCCAAAUAUGGGACACAGCAGGCCAAGAAAGGUACCGAGCCAUUACCAGUGCUUAUUACAGAGGAGCUGUUGGUGCACUCCUUGUUUAUGACAUAACAAAGAGACAAACAUUCGACAAUGUUCAAAGGUGGCUCCGAGAAUUGAGAGACCAUGCAGAUUCUAACAUUGUACUUAUGAUGGCUGGAAACAAGUCUGACCUUAAUCAACUUAGAGCAGUUUCCGAGCAGGAUGGUCAAAAUUUAGCUGAGACGGAAGGAUUGUCAUAUCUUGAAACAUCGGCAUUGGAAGCAGUUAACGUAGAUAGGGCUUUUCAGACUCUACUGACAGAGAUAUACCAUAUCAUAAGCAAGAAGGCACUGGCUGCACAGGAAGCAGCUGCAAGCACUACACUUCCUGGUCAGGGUACAACCAUCAAUGUUAAUGAUACCUCUGCAAACGUGAAGAGAGGCUGCUGUUCUACCUGAGUUUCAACGAGGAAAUAAGAUUUGGUAGGGAGUAUAAACCUUCUUUCAUUUAAUUUUUUGGUUUAUUUUCUAUUAUUCAAAGCAAGAGAUGUAGAUUACUUUCUUCAUUGUACAAGAGAAAGAGCUUUGUGAAUGUUAAUUGUCUAGUGAUUUAGGAAGGGUCUAUUCUUCAUGUGUGCUGUUCAACUAUUUCUUUUAGAAAAUGACCAAAACUGGUGAUGUUCAAAAGAAGAUAUUAGCUAUCUAAUAUCUUCAGGGUACUUGGUAUACAAGGGAUUCAAUUCAAUUUUAGCAUCUUCAUCUGUA